AUUUCAGUUACUUUUCACUCUCCUGGUUGGUAGCUCCAGAGUUAGAUUAUAGGCAAUGAGUAUAUGAGGGAUUCGCGAUUAGACGAACUCUUGCACUCAAAUCUAUACCUUUACUCAAAAGUGGUUUGCAUUCAAAUUUUAUCGUGAAAAAAAGAGAAAUUUAAGUGCGGGCUUUGAGCAUAAUACCGUAUAAUUUAAUUAAGUAAAGAACUUAUCUAAGAUAUGCGAUUGUGAUAGGAUGAUUUCAAGAACCCCACUCAGGAGUACUCCUUUUGGAGUACACAUCAUAUUUGUUGCUGUACUCUUCACGUUAAUUCAAUCAUCGAAACAGGACUGUAUUUGGUAUGGCGUUUGCAAUACCAAUGUAUAUUCGCACAGUCAAAAUUGUCCCUACAAUGGAACAGCCAAGGAAAUGCCUAAGGAUGGUUUGGAGCUGCUGAAGCAGCGAUGUGGUUUUCUGCUGGAAAACAGUGAAAACAAAUUUUGUUGCGACAAGAAACAGGUUGAGCUUUUGAAUAAAAAUGUGCAGCUGGCCGGUAAUAUAUUGGACCGAUGUCCAUCCUGCAUGGAGAAUUUGGUUCGACAUAUCUGUCAAUUCACUUGCUCACCAAAGCAAUCCGAAUUCAUGCACGUGGUGGCAACGGAUAAGAGUAACGAUGUUGAAUAUAUAACUUCCGUGGAUUUGCAUAUAUCGACAGAAUAUAUCAACAAGACUUACAAAUCAUGCUCUCAGGUUUCUGUACCACAAACAGGUCAAUUAGCAUUUGAUUUAAUGUGCGGAGCUUAUUCAGCAUCACGCUGUAAUCCUACAAAAUGGUUUAAUUUUAUGGGAGACGCCACUAACCCAUAUGUUCCGUUUCAAAUUACGUAUAUUCAGCAUGAGCCUAAAUCAAAAGGCAAUCAAUUUACGCCUUUGAACGUAACAACUGUUCCAUGUAACCAAGCGGUUAGCAGCACACUACCCGCGUGUUCAUGUUCGGAUUGCGACAUGUCCUGUCCUCAGGGACCGCCAGAACCAGCUCCUCCAGAACCAUUCAAAAUAGCAGGACUUGACGCCUAUUUCGUUAUUAUGGCAGCUGUGUUUAUUGUUGGAGUUCUAGUAUUCCUAAUGGGAUCGUUUCUGUUUACACAAGGUUCGUCAAUGGAUGACAAUUUUCAAAUUGACGGCAACGAUGUUUCUGAUGAACUGGCUUAUAGAGAAAACGAUUCAUAUUUUGAAAAAUUGGGCGCACAAACAGAGAGCCUUCUGGAAGCCUUUUUCACCAAAUGGGGAACGUUCUUUGCAAGCAAUCCUGGGUUGACUUUAAUUGCCGGCGCAUCCUUGGUUGCAGUACUGGGGUAUGGCAUUAGUUGUGCAGAAAUAACGACGGAUCCAGUUAAACUUUGGGCGUCACCAAAUUCGAAGUCCAGACUUGAAAGAGAGUUUUUUGAUACCAAGUUUUCCCCAUUCUAUCGUCUUGAACAGAUAAUAAUCAAAUCUGUGAACUUGCCUCAAAUCGUCCACAAUACUUCAAACGGCCCUUAUACGUUUGGUCCGGUGUUUGAUAAAGGCUUUCUAUCUAAAGUAUUAGAUCUCCAAGAAAGCAUAAAGGAAAUCAACGCAAAUGGCACACAGUUAAAGGAUAUAUGCUUUGCCCCCUUAUCAGAUGAUGGAAAUGCAGUUGAUGUGUCCAAUUGCGUUGUUCAGUCGAUUUGGGGAUACUUUGGCGAUGACCGUGAAAGAUUGGAUGAGACCGAUGAGGAUAAUGGAUUUAACGUUACCUAUUUGGAUGGCUUGUACAGUUGCAUAAGUAAUCCGUAUUUGUGCCUAGCUCCCUAUGGUGGUCCCGUAGAUCCAGCCAUUGCACUUGGUGGCUUCCUACCGCCUGGAGAACAACUAACAGGCAGUACAAAAUACGAGUUAGCCAAUGCAUUGAUUUUGACAUUUUUGGUCAAAAAUCACCAAAACAAAAAAGAUCUAGAACAUGCCUUAACGUGGGAGAAAAAGUUCAUUGAGUUUAUGACAAACUAUACUAAAAACAAUAUGUCAGAGCAUAUGGACAUAGCUUUCACAUCAGAAAGAUCGAUAGAGGAUGAGCUUAACAGAGAGUCUAAGUCAGAUAUUUUAACGAUUUUAGUAUCCUACUUAAUUAUGUUCAUGUACAUUGCGAUAUCGCUGGGACAUGUUAAGGAAUUUAAAAGAGUAUUUAUUGACAGUAAAAUUACCCUUGGUAUAGGUGGUGUCAUUAUCGUAUUAGCCUCAGUAGUUUCCUCCGUUGGCAUUUUUGGUUAUAUCGGUGUGCCGGCCACCCUGAUUAUUGUGGAAGUAAUACCCUUUUUAGUAUUAGCUGUUGGAGUGGAUAACAUUUUUAUCCUUGUCCAAACUCACCAGCGUGAUCAACGCAAACCCAAUGAAACCCUUGAACAGCAAAUUGGUCGAGUUCUAGGACGCGUUGGACCAAGUAUGCUGCUAACUUCCUUGAGUGAAAGCUUUUGCUUCUUUCUUGGUGGCCUUUCUGAUAUGCCGGCCGUUAGGGCUUUUGCCUUAUAUGCGGGCGUAGCCCUAAUCAUUGACUUUUUAUUGCAAAUUACCUGUUUUGUAAGUUUAUUUACUUUAGAUACUAAACGCAAGGAGGAAAAUCGAAUGGACAUUUGUUGUUUCAUUAGGGGAAAGAAACCUGAUGGUAUAACUAACAAUGAGGGCCUAUUGUACAAAUUUUUCAGUAGUGUUUACGUCCCAUUCUUAAUGAAGAAAAUAGUUCGAGCUAGCGUAAUGGUAAUCUUUUUCGCAUGGCUAUGCUUUAGUAUUGCCAUUGCCCCAAAGAUUGACAUUGGGCUUGACCAAGAACUGGCGAUGCCCCAAGAUAGUUUCGUUUUACAUUAUUUCCAAUCGCUGAACGAGAAUCUUAACAUUGGUCCGCCAGUGUAUUUUGUCCUUAAAGGUGAUUUAGUUUAUACAAAAAGUUCAGAUCAGAAUUUAGUUUGUGCAGGUCAAUAUUGCAACGACGAUAGCGUUUUAACGCAGAUUUACUUAGCUAGUAGACACUCAAACCAAACAUAUAUCGCUCGCCCUGCAUCUAGUUGGAUCGAUGAUUACUUUGAUUGGGCGGCAGCAGCGUCUUCUUGCUGCAAAUACAAAAAAGACACGGGAGACUUUUGUCCGCAUACAGAUACUUCCUGUUUAAGGUGUAAUAUAACAAAGAAUUCCCUUUUACGUCCAGACGAAAAAGAGUUUGAGAAGUACUUUCCAUUUUUCCUUAAGGAUAACCCGGAUGACUCGUGUGCCAAGGCCGGUCAUGCCGCUUAUGGUGGAGCUGUUCGGUAUUCCAACAGCCAUGAAAGACUGAACAUUGAGGCGUCAUAUUUUAUGGCCUACCACACGAUAUUAAAAACCUCGGCAGAUUAUUUUCUGGCACUUGAAUCGGCCAGAAAGAUAUCGUCAAAUAUUACACAAAUGUUACAAGGCAGACUUAUGUCUAAUGGAGUUCCUAUGGAAUCGGCCUUAACGGUCGAAGUUUUCCCCUAUUCAGUAUUUUAUGUGUUUUAUGAACAAUAUUUAACCAUGUGGUCAGAUACGUUACAGAGCAUGGGUAUAUCAGUUCUUUCCAUAUUUGUUGUUACAUUUGUUUUGAUGGGCUUUGACGUUCAUUCCGCAUUAGUUGUUGUAAUUACAAUAACAAUGAUUGUUGUUAAUUUAGGAGGCCUAAUGUAUUAUUGGAACAUUUCUUUAAAUGCCGUUUCGUUAGUAAAUCUUGUUAUGGCUGUCGGAAUAUCUGUAGAAUUUUGUUCGCACUUGGUGCACAGCUUCGCUAGUUCGAAAUCAAUCAGUCAAAUUGAUCGAGCAGCUGAUAGUUUAUCUAAAAUGGGUAGUUCUAUUUUCUCCGGGAUUACUUUAACAAAAUUUGCAGGCAUUUUAGUUUUAGCUUUUGCGAAAAGUCAAAUAUUCCAAGUAUUUUAUUUCCGAAUGUAUUUGGGGAUUGUAGUAAUUGGGGCGGCUCACGGCCUAAUCUUUCUCCCGGUUCUAUUAAGUUAUAUUGGGGCUCCUGUAAGUAAUGCUAGAUUAAGAUAUCAUAGCCAGGUAGCUGCUGAGCAGGAGACAGCACUUGCGGGAAUUCUAUAAAUCAAUCCCAUAGUUGUAUUGUAAUAAUCUCAAAAAUAUUUUAAAUGUUAAAUGGUUAAGGUAAUAAAUAAUAACAAAUGAAUUUCUGGAUUUAUAUAUUU